AUGGAAAUAGCCGCAGCAAGUUUUGUUUAUGGUAGGAUAAAGGAUUCUUCCAAUGUCAAGAGUCAAUACACGAUGUUGUUGAGUAAUGUAGACCAAAUGAUUAAACUUGUGGAAAAACUUAAUGCGCAACAAAAAGCUCCUGCUACUUAUGAGAAACUACUAAACCUUAGGCGUAGAAUUGAUAGGGAUUGGUAUGAAGUUCAAAAUAAUCGUUUAAAAACAAUGGCUAAUUGCAAUCAGCAUUCAGAAAGGAUAACCCAAUAUAAAAAUGACAUCGAAAAUGUCCGAAAUCAAUUAAUGUUAGAAGUAUCACUUAGUAACAAUUCGUCUCAAACGCACGAAAGAAGUUUGCAGUAUCAACCUCAACCUCGACAAUAUCAACCUCAACAAUAUUCAAACCAACCCCCGCCAUAUCAACAACAUUCCCAUCAACAAUAUUCAUCCCAACUCUAUGCACCUCAACCAUAUUCACCUCAACAAAAUAACCAAUUCCAGCAGCCCAUGUACCAACAACAACAAACUAUUACCUUCGGAAACCCAUACCCCAACAACAACGAUCCAUUCAACAUCCCUUUUUUAAAAAGCGGGGUUACCAUCACCACCCCAUCAUUCCUCAACAAUAACCAAGGUUUAUUUCAACAACCACAAAUUAGAUUUCACUAG